UGUUCCGGCGUCGAUUCAGGUUCAGGUCCCUCCAGGUUUUUAUUAGAUCAACCCUUCCCAAGUGUUCUCUCUUUUUUCUCUUCUCAGUCAUAUACCUCGAGGAUACUCUGCGAAGUAGUCCUAUUUUUAAAUUUUGCCCAUCGCCGGAUUUUGAAGAAAAACACACAACCGCCACGAUGAGUGCAGAGGCAGAAAAUACCCCCACCCAGAAGGUCGCAAUCGGAAUCUCUUUUGGAAAUUCUUACAGCUCCAUUGCCUUCACCACAGGAGAUGGCAAAGCUGAGGUUAUCGCAAAUGAGGAUGGAGACCGACAAAUCCCCUCAAUACUCUCCUACGUAGAGGGAGAAGAACUCCACGGUUCCCAGGCCAAGAGCCAGCUCAUCCGCAACUCCAAGAACACCGUCGCCUACUUCAGAGAUUUCCUCGGACAAGAGUUCAAGUCGAUAGACCCCAGCCCUUGCCACCAGUCCGCCCACCCCAUCCAGCACGAAUCCACCAUCUCUUUCAAGAUUCGCGAUUCCGAGGAGGAGAAGGAGAACGAUGUCACGGUCUCAGAAAUCACCACCAGGCACUUGAAGAGGAUACGAGACUCCGCCUCCGACUAUCUCGGAAAGAAGGUCAAUGCAGCCGUCAUCACUGUGCCCACCAACUUCACCGAGGCCCAGAAGGCCGCUUUGAGCCAGGCCGCAAAGGACGCCGAUAUCGAGGUCCUCCAAUUCAUCAACGAGCCCGUUUCCGCUGUUUUGGCAUACGAUGCUCGCCCUGACGCAAAGAUUGCCGACAAGAUUGUCGUGGUCGCAGACUUGGGCGGAACAAGGUCGGAUGUCGCCGUCGUUGCCUCGCGCGGUGGAAUCUACACCGUCCUUGCCACCCUCCACGACUACGAGGUCAGCGGAUUCAAGCUCGACCAAGUCCUCAUCGACCACUUCGCCAAGGAGUUUAUCAAGAAGCACAAAUCCGCCGGAGACCCCAGGGAGAACGACCGCUCCCUCGCAAAGAUGAAGCUCGAGUGCGAGGCCGUCAAGAAGGCUCUCUCCAUCGGUACGACCGCCAACUUCUCCGUCGAGAGCUUGGCCAACGGCAUCGAUUUCACCGCCACCAUCAACCGCUCGCGCUACGAGCUCCUCGCUUCCAAGAUCUUCGCCGCCUUCGCUCGUCUCGUAACCCACGCCGUCGAGAAGGCCGAGCUCGACCCUCUUGACAUCACCGAGGUCAUCCUCGCUGGUGGAAACUCCCACACCCCUAGAAUCGCAUCUGCGGUCGGCAAUGCCUUCCCCGAGACCACCACCGUCCUCGCACCCUCCACCUCCCCCACCGCCAUCAACCCCAGCGAGCUCUCCGUCCGCGGUGCCGCCAUCCAGGCCAGCCUCAUCCAGGAAUUCGACGUCGAGGACAUUGAGCAGAGCACACACCCCAUGGUCACUGUCGUGCCCCACCUCUCCCACGCCGUCGGUGUCCUCUGCAUCUCCGGCGACGAGUCCCACGGAAUCUUCCACCCCAUCGUCGACGCCGAGACCUCCCUCCCCGUGCGAAGAAGCGCCAUCAUCUCCACCCCCCGCGAGGGCGGAGACGUCCUGAUCAAGCUCGCCGAGGGCGCCGGGCACAUCAAGGUGACGAAGCCGGAGCCCAAGCCCAAGAAGGAGGCCAACGAGGACGACGAGGACGACAGCGACGAGGACGACAGCGAAGAGGAGGAGGAGGAGCUCCGCGAGCGCACCUGGAAGAUCGGCAAGAUCCUCUCCGAGGCCGCCAUCCGCGGCGUCAAGAAGGGCGGCAAGGUCGAGGUCCAGAUCAACAUCGCCGCCGACCUCAGCGUCAAUGCCAUCUUCCGCGAGGUCGGUGCAAAGGGCGGCGUCAGGGGCAUCCUCUCCUCGUCCAAGGUCACCCAGAACGGCAGUGCUUAAACGGAGCCCGCGCGAGCAGAUAUAAAGGAGUAUGUAGUUACAAAAUCACCACCUUUUUUCUUUUGCGAACA